UUCCUUUCCAGAUAAUCUGCACAGAACAAAGAGUAACAAUGGGCAAUCUAGCUGUAAAGGAUAAUCUAAGGAGAGAAUUUGAAGACUUAAGGAGUGAUUUGAAAAAGGGCAAUGUCCCCAAAGUGGCAGCUGAAUACCAACAAUGUUUAAAUGAAAUGCAAAAUCUGCCCCUUCAUAUUGCAAUUACUGGAGAUGCGGCUGUUGGUAAAUCCUCCUUUAUCAAUGCCUUCCGAGGAGUAAUGGAUGAUGAUAAUGACGCAGCUGAGGUUGCAACAAUAGAAGGAACCAAAGUGCCAAAGGCAUAUCCUUAUCCUUCUUUUCCCAAUAUUAUGUUAUGGGACCUUCCAGGGAUCGGAACGCCUAAAUUUCGGGCAGCAGAAUAUAUGAAGAAAGUCCAGUUUGAAAGAUAUGAUGUCUUCCUUAUCAUUAUCUCCAGUCGCUUCACUGAAAAUGAUGGUUUGCUGGCAAAGGAAAUACAAAGAAUGAAGAAGAAAUUGUAUUAUGUGCGUGCCCAUAUUGAUGAGAGUAUUGAGAAUGAACGCAGGAAAAGGGAUUUCAAUGAAAUGAAAACCCUGUCAGCCAUCAGGAAAUACUGUGAAGAUAGUUUGAAAGAGGAAGCUGGGCUUUCUGAAAGAGUAUUUCUGAUAUCCAACCAUCAUGCACACUUGUAUGAUUUCCCUCUCCUGCAAGAGACAAUGGCCGGUGAACUUCCUGACCACAAGAAACAAAUUUUAACAAUGGCUGUGCAUAUUUUCUCUGAAAGUGAAUUGAUGAAGAAAAAAGAGCUAAUGAAAGCCUAUAUAAAGAAGAUAGCAUUGGUAUCUGCUGCUUGUGGAGCGGUGCCUGUCCCGGGUCUCUCUAUGGCUUGUGAUAUUGGAAUUUUGGUAGAUGCCCUGAGACGUUUCUGCUGUGUGUUUGGCUUAGAUGACCGGUCCCUCCGUUUUCUGGCACUUCAGACAGGAAAAGAAAUUGAAGAGUUGAGGUCGGCUAUCAAGAAAACCCCGUUAGCCAAUACAAUAAACGCAGAGCUGGUAUUUUCUCUCUUGAUGAAGUCAUCUCUUUGGGUAGCUGUGUCACUUGUGGAACUGGCUCUUGAUUUUGUACCUGUUCUUGGUUCUCUGUUCGGUGGAGCAAGUUCAUACGUUGUCACCUAUCAUUUUCUGAACAGCUUUCUUGAUGAUGCUGUGGAAGACGCCCAAAAUGUUCGAGCAAAACUUCUUAAUCAAUCAGAAUUCCAGGGAAAAUUUGAAAAAAACUCUUAAAAGCCUCUUUGAAAGAAACAGUCAAGCAUUUCAUCCAAAUGAAACAGGUGGAGGAAAAUAAUAAUGUUUCAGUGUCUUAUUAUUUUCUUGUUUUUAAGUAUUUUCUGAUUGAAACAUGUGCUUGAUCACCCUGAGGGGAAAGGAGUACCUCUAUCGCAGGCAUCUCGAUGGGAACUCAGAAAUUAAGUAUUUAUCUAUAUUGUUUGGGGGUAGUUGCUUUUCUUUUCUUGUUUUUCCUCUUUUUCUUUCUGUUCUGUUCUAUUUGUAACCAUUCUAAAUAACAAAAGCAAUAGAGAAUUUGAUACGAUGAUGCAUAUUUCAUAACGGUUUUUGAAAAAUAUGAAAAAAACCUCACAAUAUACUCCGCUUGAGAUAUCUCAUUAAUGUAUUAAUAAAAAGAACUUUAAAUAAAACUUUGAACGCAG